AGCAGCCAGAGCAAGGAGAGGGGACACCACAUCACUUCACCCAUAAGCUCCCAACGGACAGCACUACUUUGCAAUUGAUGAAUGAAAUUAGGAAGUAACUGAAGAAAAAUUAUUAAGAAAAGUAGAUGAGAGAAACGAAAACGAAUAUUUUAGAGAAAUAGAAGGCAGUUUGACUCUGAGCUCUGUUCCAGUCCCCAGAGGGCAGCUGGCAUUUGCUGAGCACCAGGGAGACAACCAAGCAGGACAUGUGGCUGCUCCCGGUUCUGUUCCUUCUUGUCAUCCAGGGCCACUUCUGCACCUGUGAGGGAAAAAAGGUGAGAGGCACCUUGGGGGGCACACUGACUGUGCGCUGUGCAUACGGUCGGGGAUGGGAAUCCUACAAGAAGUGGUUGUGUCGCGGGAAUGACUGGAAUUCCUGCAAAAUCCUUGUGAAAACCACUGGGUCAGAGCAACUAGUGAAGAAGGGCCAAGUGUCCAUCCAGGACAAUCACAGCCGACGCACAUUCACCAUGACCUUGGAGGAUCUCCAGCAGGACGACGCAGACACUUACUGGUGUGGGAUCGAGCAAUUUGGCACUGACGUGGGGAUCGAAUUUUCCGUGAUUGUCAAUCCAGCCCCUGAUCCAACAGACUCUCCCAAGCCUGUAGCGAGAACAAUGCUGCCCAGUUGGACUUCCUCUCGUCCAUUUCCCCAGGGCAUCAACAGCAGCCAGCCCAUGGAUUUGAAUAGCCCGCUAACCAGGCCGGGGACCAUUGCCUCCACUGUGGAAGCAGAGAAAAGAAAGGGUGUACUCUCAUUCCACCAUCGGUCCUCAGCCGCACCUGUAAUCUCUCCUGUGUGGAUCCUCCUGGUACCUCCUUUCCUUGCCACCCUCGAGUUGCUCUGCCAAGGAUAAAUGACCCUUUCAUCAUUCAGGACUCUGGCCAACGAUGGGUUUCCAAUUCCAGUAAGCAUAAAACCUGGGUUAAACCAAAAAGUUCCAGAGUGUGUCCACAGGGACAAAGACCCCCUGAUGGGCCAGCUGCACAGAGUUCCGCCAAUUCCACCUUCUGCUGCAUCAGUGCCUCCAAGAAAGAAUUCCUUGAAUGCAAAAGAUGGAAAACAGGGUUGGACCAUCGCCCGACCCACAUCUGACCUGUUUGCCCUUUACAUUUCCUAUGAAAUCUGUGGCUUUCUUUGCUCUUUUGAGAUUAUUUGGGGGGACACCAUUUCAAUGUUUUAUAUGUGAGAGGACGACCCUUCCAUUCUAGAGGGAGGGAAAUGACUCUAAAUCCAACGCUAGAAUCCGAAUGUGUCCGGGAAACGGGAAGUUGUGUGUGUAAAUUUGUCCAUAGUGGUUGAAGUUACUCUUUCCCCCUUUGUAAAUAGUAAGUGUUUUGCAGCAGGGCUUUGUAACCAUGUAAAUAUCCGCCUGUCCCUGCAUCUACAUCAGUGGCCUCUAAGCACAGGGGACUCAUGCAGUCAUCACCAGAACAGUUCAUUUCUGUCCCUCCAGUUGUCUCUUGGCCUCACUGGUCCUUAGGUGCAGAGGUUCCAGGGACCAUUUGGACUCUUCCAUCGAGAUGGAACAGAUCUGUCCCCUCCUCACCCAUGACACUGUCCAUCCCCCAGACAGCUCAGACCCACCAUCACCCACUCCUGGAUUUGGCCUGACCUUUGGCCUUUAUGUCCCGCCCCCAUGAACACUCUCACCCCCACGCCCAGCUGAGCAACACAGCCCAGGAUGCCCAACCCGUCCUUUUUAACUUCCUCUACUCAGUCAUCAAAAACUAGUAACACAAGGGGCGCCUGGGUCGCUCAGUCGGUUAAGCGGCCGACUUCAGCUCAGGUCACGAUCUCGC